AUGCCUUAUUGCAAGCACUGUGCAAAAGAAAAACAAGGGGCGCGAGGAUGUCACCUUGCCGAAAACACCAAAACUUCCAGGGAGCCCCAAGAUUUUCUUUUCAGUUACCCUUGCGGAAACAGCAAGGGGCUAUGCAGCAGAAAAGGCUCAAAAUUCUUCAACUUUGCCGAAGCAAGCCCGCAUGCCAGGCCUUCACUCUUUGCCAAAGGCCCAAACACAAGCUCCCUAGCCGCAGAACAAGACCAGCCCUAA